UAAUACGCAUUUCCGGUUUGGAGCGUCUGUUGAUAUCGCAUACUGGCGUGCGUCGGUGCUUGAGGACUGUAUAAGGUUCGUCUGACUGUUGCCUGCAGCUGCCCCAGCGAAGAUGGCAGACGCGUUGAGCAAAGUGCCCGAUGUCGACAUUGAUCCGGAGGGAAAGUUUAAAUACAUAUUAGUGAACAUAAAAGUUAAAGGUGGAACGGAACAAAAAGUGAUAGUGAGGGGAACUAAAACUGCGGAGUACCACAAUCACAUAUUUGAAAAAGUGAAUCCUGCUAUGGAGGCUUUGGGACUUGAGUGUAGUUGUCUUGGUGGUGGCAAGAUUGAGCACAACAACACAGAAAAGAAACUUCGGGUGUUUGGAGAGUCUACGGGAUAUGGGAAGGCUGACCAUGCUCUGACAGUGGAAAAGCUCAAAUCUGUCUUCAAAGACUAUGAAAUCACUAUGGAAUAAAAAGUCUAAAUUGAUCUCUCUAAAUUCAUGGGCAUGAACAUUUUGUGAAAGUAUACAAUUUUAUAACACUUCAGCUAUACCUCAUUUUAAUUUGGAUAAAAUUAAAUAAAUGUUCACUGAUCUGUCAGCAGUGUCAAAGUUGAGGUUAGAUCACUGACCUUGAUAGCUAACCUGCACAGGAAAUCUGCAUGUGUUUUGCAGAGUGAUAAACAUAUCCAGUCUCCUGUCUCCAUCAUGGAAUGUGUCUGUGUAGAGAUCAGGAACAGAUAAAAGAGUGUCUGUAUGAUUCAUGGUAUGUCUAAUUUGCUACUGGAAUUCAUUGAGAAAUUUGGUAUUGAGAUACAAGCAUACAAAUGUGUAUGGAUUCAUACUUGGUGUUCAUACCAUGUUUUCAUCAUUACAAUUAAAUUGUAAAGGCCCAUUAUUGUGUGAAGUCUUACAUUUAUAUAGUUAUAGUGUGUAUAGUGUGAUUUUCAAUAGAACCCUUAAUAGAUCUUUUUUAUAGAAGGCAUGUGUAUUGAACAUAAGUGAUUUUCCCAUCCUGUUUCGUAAGUUGAAACCUUUACCAGUUUCCUCUAUCCUACCUCUGAGACCCUGAAUAUGACCCUCAUUGUCUGUUACCAUUAAGAGGUUAAACAAGAGAGCUUACACCCCAAGACUAUUUUUACACUAAAUAGUGUAUUCAUUGUUCAAUUAAAGUGAUCCUAAAAGUU